UCCGUUCGGUUGUUGGUGCGCGCGGAUAUCACGGAGUCGCUUUGCUCGACUGUCUACGACGGGCUUCUUUUAACGCGGAUACUUACUUAGUUUUUGCUGCGGAUUGGGCGAAUUUCGGUCGGCUUGAGUUUCUCGUGUGUUUGCUGCUGCCCUGCUGCUCUUAUCAACGGAUCAACAAAACGUGGCUAACAGCAGCAUUUAUAGCCUAUUCAACUUGAGUGGGUAUGAGAAGAAAAUAACUUAAUUGAACGCGGUUAGUUCAUUACGAUCACGAAAACGAUAAAAAGCAGGAAAAUCUUGUAGUUAGGUAUUUUCGCGCGAUAAUCUACGCAUGUGAAACAAAAACACUUCAGUUUGCACAUUCCAAAGCUGUUAACGUUCAUCAAAAGAAUCUUUCAAACAAAUGCGGAGGGCCACAUUACUCUCGGAUUUUAUCGGUCUGUUCUCGUGAAGACAUCUGUAGGCAGCACCAGCCAGAGCAGAGCACAAUGCUUUGUUUGUUGUUUUUUCUUGCUUUUUUUACAUCACGACUUUGAGGCCAAACAGUAAAAUCGCACGAACCCGCACUUGAAGCGGGUGUUUUCCGGCAUCUCCUUCUCCUAAUUUCUGCUCCGCUCAAUCCUUUUGAUCCCAUUAACAGUGUGAUUAAUUGGUUCUGCUUGAACGAAGAGGCUGUUUAAUUUCGGUUAAGUGAAGUGAGAUAAAUAUAAUAAGAAAGACACAGUGCAUCGAAAGUGCUUCGGCGGGCAAUUCGUCAGAAAAGAAACCAAACCAGUUUCGGCAGGCCAUCGUUUCGUGGAUUCGUUUUGCGACAAAAGUUGCAGUCGCAGCAGAAUAUCCCAGGUGGACAAAGUGGUACCGACUAGUGAUAACAUUAACGACUUAGGCGACGCAAAGCUGCACAAAGAUAGUGGUAGUGAUAAGGGCGGCAAUCCAUCAGUGGUGGUCAGUGGCCAACCGUUUUCAAGCUCAAUCACUGGAGUGACCUCAGUAUCGAUGGAUCAGGAGCAAGAGCAGGAUAAAACCGGUUUGUUGUCGCAUCACGCACAGCAACAACUGGAACAGUCCGAUCCAGACGGCGGCAGUGGCGGCAGCCACAGUACUGCUGACGACACACCACCGGCCGCAGCGUACGAGCCAUGUGAUCCAUUAAUUAUCCUGAAUCUGUUUCAAUCACUGUCAUCUACGACCAAUUCGCUCGAGCUGCAAAUAAAGAUUAACUUACAUCUCAAGGCGCUGACGAAAUCGCCUUAUGUCUUCCUGGUGCCGAUACUACACUCCAGUGAUGAAGGUCUCAUUCAGGUUAUCAACGAUAACAUUCUUGAUAAGGAAAUCCGAUUUUCGAUCAACACAACUCAUUUGAAAAAUGAGAACCUCCAAAAUGGAUAUUCAUUCGUCAUUGAUGAUAUUAAUAAGGACUUUUCGGAAGUUAUAGAAAUGGUGGUAGGCAACAAGCACAAUACUCUUGUUUACGAUAUUAAAAGCCCGCGUGUCAGUAAACUGCAGUCGCAGAUAUCCACCGCAUCGACAUCGUCUACGGCAUCCUUGCCGGCGCUGUCGUCAUUCGAUGGCGUCAAUGUUCAACCUCAGUUGCAGGCCCAUCACAGCUGUACCAGCAGUUCCAGCAGCAGCCGGUCCCAGCUGAAGCAGCAACAGAUUGCCCUGUUCGUGUGCAUAGCCGGGGACAAUGAAUCCCGGUCGAGAUAUCAGUUCUACAUCGAGGACACCUUCAGGUACGUGCUUGGACACCUGCUGACUGCAUUCGAGCUGUUUGAGGAAAAGCGGGUGCGUUAUCAGUGUCAGAACCUGCUGCAGGUCGCUCGUCGGCUACUGGGCAAAAUCGGCGACUUGGGCCAGCUGCUGCAAGGUGUCAUGACGGAAGCCAAAGAACUCACCGCCGCGGAACGUUGCUCGUUGUUUCUGUUGGACAAACACACCGGCGAACUGGUGUCAAAGGUGUUCGACGGUAAUGAGGCAUCCAAAGAGAUUCGAAUAGCGAGCGGCAAAGGGAUAGCCGGCUACGUCGCCCAAACCGGCAAGCUGCUAAAUAUUCGGAACGCUUAUCAGCAUCCGCUGUUCUACAAAGGCGUCGACGAGUCUACGGGGUUCAAAACGCGGAACAUUCUUUGCUUUCCCAUCUGCGAUGAGGCAGGUGUAAUCGGAGUAGCACAACUGUGCAACAAGCUGAAUGGCUUUCACUUCGAUCGGUGCGACGAGGAGGUGGCCACCGCGUUUUCCGUGUACUGUGGCAUCAGCAUCAUGCAUGCGCUCGUGCACAAGCAGGUACAGAAAGCGGAAGCUCGCUUCAAGCUCUCCCAGGAACUGCUGCUGUACCACAUGAAGGUUCCGGAUACCGAAAUUCAGCACGUGCUGGAAGGAGUGAGUGCACCCGAAGUGCAACAGCACACAGUGGACUUUCCGCAGUUUGACUUUUGCCCUCGCGACGUGAAAGACUUCGCCCUGUCGGUGCAGCUAUCGAUGAGGAUGUUCACUGAUCUCAAUUUCGUGGCCUCAUUCCAAAUUCAUGAAGACAAGCUGGCACGAUUUAUUCUGAUGGUGCAGAAAGGCUAUCGGGAUACUCCGUAUCACAACUGGUGGCACGCUUUCUCGGUUGCUCACUUUGCCUACGCGCUGAUGAUGAAUUUGCAACUGAUUGAAAAAGGGAUCAUAACCAAAAUGCAGGGCUUUUCCUUUCUCAUCGCUGCCUUCUGCCACGAUCUGGACCAUCGAGGUACCACCAACACGUAUCAAACGCAGUCCAGUAGCCCGCUGGCGAGGCUGUACAGCAGUGAAGGAAGCGUCAACGAGAGACACCACCUGUCCCAGGCUAUCUACAUUCUGAACGACUCGAGCAGCAAAAUACUCGACGGGCUUUCGACGGAAGAGUUCAAAGAAUGCAUCGACUACCUGAGAGACCUGAUACUGGCUACAGAUCUAUCGAACCACUUCAGAAUCAUGAAAAAACUGAAGAAACUGCGGGCAGACAAUCUGUCGGAAAGUGCCAACCAAAGACUCCUACUUUCGUUAAUGAUCACUUGCUGUGAUUUGAGUGAUCAAAUCAAAUCAUGGGAAACGGUGCAACAUGUGGCGCAUCUGGUGUACGCAGAAUUCUUCGCCGAAGGCGAUAUGGAACGACAAAUGGGUCUCCGGCCUGACACGAUGAUGGACCGGAAGAAAGCAUGCAUUCCGGUUCUACAGAUCGAUUUCCUUACGACGGUGAUUCGACCAACGUUUGAAAUAUUGGUACAAAUCUUUCCACAAACGAAUUGCUUCUUGGAGACGAUCGACAGCAACCGGGAGCAUUGGAUUGAGCAGAAAGAAAACGCCGACUGCCCAGCGGGAAGCGGCUGUUGUGAGUUUGCCGAAAGAAACACCGAUAGUGCGCCCAAUUAAAACCAGGGUGGUAUUCUUGCUACAGGGUACAAAAGCGGCAAACAUCAAAGCUAGUGAUUAGAUUAAGCUAAAAUGGUAUACGGAAACCUAAAGAGGUUGGCCUUUGUGUUUAAUUUAUUGCAUCGAUCAGUAAGGUUAGUGUGGUUGUCCUUAAUGCUCUGUCAUCAACCAUUAACCCGUAUAACCGUUUGCUGGCAAACGAUCGCAUUUUAAUCUUUUGUAUUGUAUUCUGUUCAAGCAGUGAUUUUAUUAAUUUUGUUUUAGUAAUAUUGUUCUUGCCUCAACCAAAAAUAUAAAAAAAAGUUUUGUCUGAAGAACUGGUGUAUUCACGUGUUAAAGAAUUCGAACAAACUACUGCGAACUCCAUUGCAUUGAAAUUGAUGGAGACUCAGUCAUUAUUUAUCUUUUGAAUUAUUUUAUUGGAAAUAGGUAUGAUCGCGAACAACGACAAUAAUUACUGGGAGCUGAAACUAAUCAAACAGGUGGUAAUGAAAAAAAAAGUUUUCGACCGCGCUCCAGAUGCGAAAAAACACCACCUGAUUGUCCCACAUAUCCUUUGAUAUUUUUUGCUACGCAAAAUAUAACACCAUUGAACCGGUUCCAGUCAGUCGCAUGACCUUCAGUUUAUUUAUCAUAUCAAUCUACUCCAAUAUGUAGCAGUAGCUUAAACGCGUUUUCUUAUUACUGGUUAAAAUCAUAAGCCUAUAAAGUAGUAUUGAAUAUAGCCCAGUGUGAAACACACCAUGUAACUCAACUGUUGUAAAAGAUUUAAAAUGCACUGGGAAAAUGUACUGUCGCUAAAAAGAACAAUUCAUGGGAACUAUUGAAUGUUGCUAGAACUUUAUCGACCGUGAUGCUUUCAUUCUCAUAGCAGGACUAUUAGAAUUAUAGUUUAGAGAAACAAAAAAAACUAUUCAAUUAUCUACCAUUUUCUAGCUCGUAGAAAGUCAUACUGCUUAGCUGAGCUAUUUGAUAAAGUAGUACGAUUUUCAGUAUUCUAACUGUUAGAUCAAACGUGUGAACCACUAGGUACUAAAUUGCUGUGAGAUAAUUGCAUAGUAUGUCAGCCAGAAUUGUCAUUGCAUAUUGUGCUCGACGGGAUUUUUAUCCUUAACCGGUAACUGGUAGAUACAUGGAAUAAAUGUAUAAUAGUAGAAACACAAAUUCGAACGCUGCCAUUCGCAGAGAUUCAACAUUGGUCAGAGAGCACAACGGUAAAAUAUAUAUAGA